UCCCAUUGACUUCCAUUCAAAUGGAGUUCUUUCUGCCCCCUGGUGGCUGACGGCUACUUUCAUCGGAAUCUAAUUCACAGUCCACGGUUUCUGCUUGUGUCUGUGACCAAACCCUUCAUCCAACGAGUCACCUUUUUCCCCUCCUCUCUCCUCCAUUAACUCUCCCAGGGAAGGAGGGUACAUCUCUUCUUCCUCCUCCUCCUCUUCACGUUACGCACACACCUCCUUGUGCUCGUGCACACAGCUCUCUCUCAUCUGCAUUCAUUCAUGCGGAGGAGAAAAUGCUCAGCCAGGCGUAGCUUAUACACAUUCAUGUCAAGAACAGGUGGAGGAAGAAGUAGGAGACAGGGUUUUUUUUGUUGUGGCAGAAAGAAAAAGACACUCGGGGAGUAAGAUAGGGAGGAGAGAGGGAGAGGGAGAGGGAGAAAGAAGGAGAGGUGGAUUUCUCCAUCUGCCUCAGAUACUGUAUUGGGUGUGUAAGUGUGAGCACAGUCGUCAGGUGCUGCUUCACCAUGGCUGGCAGCCUGUUUGGAAGGCUUUCCCUGGAGGACUUGGCCAACUCCCUGGAGGGCCUGGAAAUCAAGCUGGAAGGAGAAGCGCUUGUCUUUAAAAGUGAAGAGAUGUCCCAGACAGCUCUGCUGAGCAGUCGGAAAGUGUUUACCAUGCAUCAGGCCCUGGACACGCUGAGUGACAGCACCAGCUCCACAACCGCCAACGACCUGGAUCUCAUCUUCCUCAAAGGCAUCAUGGAGAGUCCAGUGGCCCAUGAGCGAUUUGAGGAGCCCAAACUGGAGGCUGUGAGAGAGAACAACAUGGAGCUGGUUCAGGACAUCCUCAAAGAGCUGAGUCCACUCGCACAGAUCAGCCAGGCGGCCGACGAGCUGCUCCACAUCCUGAAGGAACCCCACUUCCAGUCUCUCCUGGAGACCCACGACUCUGUGGCGUCCAAAAACUACGAGACUCCGCCCCCCAGCCCCUGUUCAUUCAUGGAUGCAGCCCUCAACAACCAGCCUGUGCCUCCAGACGCAGUCAGGAUGGUGGGGAUCCGGAAGGUGUCCGGUGAGCAUCUGGGAGUAACAUUUCGCGUGGAGAGCGGUGAGCUGGUCAUUGCCAGGAUCCUCCACGGUGGCAUGAUCGACCAGCAAGGCCUGCUCCAUGUGGGCGACAUCAUCAAAGAGGUGAACGGCAAGGAGGUGGGCAACGACCCCAAAGUUCUCCAGGAGAUGCUGAAGGAGGCCAGUGGCAGCGUGGUGCUGAAGAUCCUGCCCAGCUACCAGGAGCCACACACACCAAGACAGGCCUUCGUGCGAUGUCACUUUGACUACGACCCGACUCACGAUAACCUGAUCCCCUGUAAGGAGGCAGGACUGAGCUUCAGGAGUGGUGACAUCCUGCAGAUCUUUAACCAGGAGGAUCUCAACUGGUGGCAGGCUUGUCACAUAGAGGGAGGCAGCGCGGGUCUAAUUCCCAGCCAGCUCCUCGAGGAGAAGAGGAAAGCUUUUGUGAAGCGAGAUCUGGAGCUCGCUACCACAGGUCCUCUGUGUGCCGGCAUGGGAGGCAAGAAGAAGAAAAAGAUGAUGUAUUUGACCACUAAGAAUGCAGAAUUUGAUCGGCAUGAGUUGCGGAUCUACGAAGAGGUUGCAAAGGUCCCGCCCUUCAGGAGGAAGACGCUGGUUCUGAUUGGUGCACAGGGGGUCGGACGUCGCAGUCUUAAGAACAAGCUGCUGGUGUCGGAUCCCCAGCGGUAUGGCACCACUAUGCCAUUCACCACCAGAAAACCAAAGGUGGACGAGAGGGACGGUCAGAUGUACUCUUUCAUGACCCGCGCUGAAAUGGAGUGCGACAUUAAAAAUGGCCGUUUCUUGGAGCACGGCGAGUACGACGCCAACCUGUAUGGGACCAAGAUUAGCUCCAUUCACGAGGUGAUAGAGACAGCAAAGAUCUGCAUCCUGGAUGUGAACCCACAGGCUAUCAAAGUCCUGCGGACAUCAGAGUUCCUGCCCUACGUUGUAUUCAUUGAAGCACCAGACUUUGAGGUUCUCAAAGCCAUGAAUCGUUCAGCAAUUGAGUCGGGAGUGAUCACAAAACAGUUAACGGACUCUGAGCUCAAGAGGACGGUGGACGAGAGCGAGCGCAUUAAAAGAGCCUAUGAACACUACUUUGACCUCUGCAUCGUAAACGACGGCCUGGAGGCGGCGUUCCGAAGCCUGCGCUUGGCGCUGGACAAACUGGCGUCGGAGCAUCAGUGGGUUCCUGUCAGCUGGGUCUUCUGAGAGUCACUGAGAACCACAGAGCAGAGGUCGCUGGACAAUUUAGCCGACAGUCGCCGUGCGGGCGUUGGUCGUUGGAGGUCGAGCAUCACAUUUCCGUGCAAAUGACUAGCCUCAUGUAGAGCGUUUUUGUACAAACUUAGUGUUCCUCCAUUGAGCCCAACGUCAAGUUGUAUUUUAUGUCGGAAUUGGAAUAAAUCUCUUGAUAUUUGUUUAGAAGGAUUUGACUAUGAGGUUUAGUGCAAUAGUGUGAGUGAGUGUGUGUGUGUGCGUGUGUAUUAUCAUAAACGUGGAAAUAGAGAAAUUAGAGUAAUGCAUAUGUUGGAGUUUUUUUUUAUUAUUAUUUUAUUUUUCCAUUGACGGAUAAGUACAAUUUUAGCCUUUUCAAAGUCUUGAACACUUUAUGUAGUGUGAUGUUUACAUUGGAUCAGUAGGACAAAUCGCUCGAGGAAAGAUACCAAAUGUCACGUUUGUGUUGAAUCUGUGUUGACAUUUUACCAUUUGAUCGCGUCGUUUGUGUUCAAAAAUUGUGCUUUAUCUCGUUUGUUUCCAAUCAUUAUUGAGAAACUUGACAGCAAUAGAUUAUAAACAAAACACAUUAUACGUGCAAUACAUCUAUUUACACACAUCUAUCUAUAUCUAUAUAUGUAUAUAUGUGUGUAUAUAUAUAUAUAUAUAUAUAUAUAUAUAUACAUAUAUACAUAUAUAUGUAUAUAUACACACGGCAAACACAAGGAGAACAGUAGAAAAGAACUUCAUUGACAUAGUUUGUAUUCAUUCUGCCGAUUGACUUUUGAUGUUGGUUUUAGUUUGAUUGGCAGUGAAAGAACGUGACAUUGUCCAUCGUUGAUUGUGUUGGAGUUCUAUUUGUAGCACUGAGAACACUCAAACAGUUGUAGAAAGAAAUGUACAAAAAUAUUACUUAACAUGACGGUUAGGAUAACUGGUGGACAUUGUCACAGUGUUUGGUUAUUUUUGAAGUAGUAAAAAAAGGAUUUACCGGUGGCUUUUUAAUGACUUACUUUUGCCUUAAAAUGGUUCAAAAGCCAAGGAAACAUAAAUAUUUUUACAUCACCUAAUCGAUUCACUCCUGUCACUGUACAUCUUCCUUCUUAGAAAAAUAUAUAACUGGCAACUUAUUUAAUAUUUAUUUUAUUUUCCCUAAAACCUGUAAGUACUGUAUUGUAAUAAAGAAUAUAUAGUAUAA